AUUAAUGAAACAUUAUUACUAUUUAAUAAUUUCUUUGGCGUUUAAAUUUUGGUUUUCUUCAAAGUUUGACCGUCCAGCUUGUUCGACAUGUCUGCUUCUCUAUUUCACCUUUCUUUCUUGAUUUGUAUGUCAAACACUCUCGAAAUUGAUAAAUAAGAAACACCUGAGUUAAUACAGUUUAGAUUGAAUCUUUGUUGGGCAUCUCUAAACUCAAUACUCAGCACCAACUUUCUUGCAUAAAACUUGGGCAAAAAAAAGGAAGCAGAGGGAGGUAAUUGAGUAUUUGGGAAUAUACAGUAAGUAAAUCCGAAUCAACAUCUGUCUUCCUCUUGAUGAGCAAUGGAUGGCAGUGUUUGCAUUUCUGGUUGAUCCUUCUUCGUGCAUUUUCACAUUUCUGUAGAACGCUGUUGAAUUAUAGGAGUAUCGGUUUUGACUAGAUGAAGAAGUCAAAGAAUGUGGAAUCUAAACCUACACCGAGUGUCAUUGCAAGAUUAAUGGGUCUUGAUGAACUCCGGCCUCAGGAACUUGUCAAGAAGCCGAAGCAGCAAAGAGUGCUUUCCGAGAAUUAUCAACGUAAAGUUGCUUCUAUAGGUGUUUGGGAGAAAAAAACAGGUCAUGAACACCGUUCCUUUCAGCUCAGCAUUGAAGAGCAGGAGUUCAUCAGGGAAAGUGGUCCAUCUUUAAAUGAAAGCUUUGCAGGUGCAGAAUUUAUGACAUUCGGUAUCGAGCUUCAACCUUCGAAAGAAGUUCAUUCUGGACUACCUGGGUUACGGUUUGCGGGUUCUAGAAAGGAUUGCUUUGAAAAUCAUUUUCAGAAACCAAAUUAUCCGACGACCAAGCAUGUCUACGAUCAAGAAGGCAGCACUUCUCACCAGCAAGCUGAGAAUGUAAGAUUGUUAGGGUCAGCAUGCGCCUUUGGAUGUGAAAAAAACGACAUAUACAGGAAGGUUCGAGGUACAACUCAUCAAGAAGAUCCUAAAUUGCUCCAAAAACUUGAUAACCGUCAUGUAAAAGAUUCCCGAAGGAAAAAUGGUCAUGAUAGUACUUGUAUGGUUCCUAGAUUUCGUCAUGAAUCAAACAAUGAAAGAUGUCCUUCCUUUAGGAAAAUUGUUAUUCCGAAUCCUUUGGAGGUAGAGAAGGCUAAGAAUUGUCUUGCUUCUCCUAGUUUUAGUGAAGCUUCGUAUUCAAGUAAUUGGAAAGACAAAGGGUUUGUUAGUCAUGGGAAGGGAACUUUGCAUGCUCAAGUUAAGGAGAUGAAGAAUGUUUGCAAUGGUGUGAAACACACGGGGCAUAGGUCUAUCCUUUCCUGUGAAACUAAAAAGGAAAUCUUCAGAAAUACGAGGCAUAAUAUGAGUAACAUUUCUUUGGAGCCACUGAGGUGGGGAUUCAUUGGCGUUCGCAGUUUUAAGGAAGAACCAGAAUUCAUGAUGGUUUUUUCCCCUAAUAAUUCUGAAUUGAACAACUGGAACAAGCCCUCAUGUUACUACCUAGAUGGAUCAUAUAUGACUCUGGAAGCAAGGAAGCAAAUCUCCGAAAGAUGGAGGAUGACUAAAGAUUUUCGGGAGAAUGGGCUUACGGGCAGGUGCAGAAGCAGAACUCGUGAUGACAUGCUUACAUUGCCGGAUCAUGGUAAUUGUGCAAACUUUCAGAGUCCAUUGGGCAUUAGCAGUAGAGAUGGCCAGAAAAUUGGUGGUGUUGGAGAUUUAAUAAGGUCCAUAUCUCCAGCAUAUUCUACAUAUGUUGAAAGUUCUAAAAUCAUGACCGAUCGAAAAGCUUUCCAUGGUGAUUCAUAUAUAACCAUGGGGCCAAGGAAGCAGGAUGCUAGUGGGAAUGAUGGUCUGGAACAAAGAAACUCAGUAUCCAUCUGCAGGAAGUCUCAACCUAAUCUAUACCUAGAGUCAGAAAACAGUCACUUGCUUCAAGACGUAUAUGUUAUCAAUAAUAUGUUCCAUAACAACGUUGAGCAGCAAGAUCUUUCGAACGAAAAUUCUGUAGUUUCUAAGUCAUUUAACCAUAAUAUCAUUCACUUCUAUUCUGAAAAUAAAAUUACCACAAUUGAUCAAUGGAAUAUCAUCAAGGAUGAAAAUAUGUCUGCAGAGGAUUAUCUAGUACACAAGUCAUCGAUGUGCACUGCUGCAUCUCUGAGCAUUGCCUCUAAUAUGGCAGUUACUGUAGAAAUGGAUGUUGGCAAGUCUACCGGAAACCAUAAGCAGCACCAGUUUGAAUCAACAGGCUGCACUAUGUCAGAGAAAGAUUAUGAUUCUUCUUUGUGUAUCCAUAUCACUUCAAGUCAACAGGAAGACAUAGCAAUGAAAAUAUCCAACCAGUGUAGCAAAGACCCUGAAUUUCUUGUCAACUCAGAGACAACUUAUCAGCCCAGUCUGGCUUCUGUUUUGGAAGCACCAUUCCAAGAGGAGAUUUUAUCAAACUCCAAAUGCUUUGGAAGUGUAACGGCUAGCUUACACGACGUACAGCGGCAACUCAAAUUUCUAAAACCUGAACCGCUCAAAGGAUACUCAGAAGGAUCUGGAAUGGUUGUGUCAAGUGAUGACGAUAAUGAUACAGGAAUAGUGUCUCUAAAGGAUUGUGAAGUAAUUGAUGAUGAUUCAGCUUGGUGGUUCAAAUUUGAAGAGAAUAGAGAUUUCUCUUAUUUGGUGGAUGUAUUGACCGAAGCAGGUUUCCGUGGUAGAAAUCAGGAUAUAUGCUCUGAUCAAUGGCAAUUUCCCGAAAUCCAAAUAGGCCCUUCAGUUUUCGAUAAAUUAGAGAAGAAGUAUGGUGAACAGAUAUCUUGGAAUAGGUCAGCAAGGAGGCUACUUUUUGACCGAAUAAAUUCGGGUUUAAUCGAACUUUUCCGACCAUGCUUUGGAGAACCAAUGUGGGCAAAACCUGUUGCAAGAAGGCUUAGCCAUAGGCAGAACUUUAAGGAGAUCGAAGAGCAACUGUAUAAGCUCUUAGUUUGCCAUGACAAAGAAGCAAUAAAGAACUCAUCUGAGAAACUAUUUAGAAAAGAUGAUGGAUGGUUAUUCUUAGGAUAUGAUGUUGAAGUAAUCUGUAAAGACAUAGUGAAUUUGUUUAUUGAUGAAUUGGCAGCAGAGAUUGUUAGCCUAGAGAGUUUUUGAAAGAUUUUUGAAGCUUUUUCCAUAUAUUUGAAGGAUCUGUGACAUGAGUACUUGAAGAAAAGUGGAGUUCGGAGCGCAACAUAGAACAAGGUUGUUUUGCAUUUUUUUUCAUUCAUAUUUUACAGAAACUUGUGAGAAAAAAUAUAGAAAGAGUUAGUAGGAAAAUAUACAUAACAUAGUUCAUUCUUUGCAUUAGUAUGAAAAGUCAAGUUGUAUGGAUGUUUGUGUGUGUGUGUAUAGUGGGAUGAUGGCAGAUGCCAUUACGGUGUAUACAUGUAAAGGCUAAAAGGUUUUGUACUUUGUUACUAAAAGAAGACAACGAGAAAAAGAAAGGAUACGUUUUUUUGUUGCCCGCUAUGCAGUUAAAGGUAAAUACUUUAUAUUCUGCUAAAUACUAAGAUGGGUUCGGAUUGAACUUUUAAUGGAAAGAUAGUUUGAAGAACAGGAAAA